CGCCCACAUCCGCCGCAUCGAAUUCGCAAGCCAUGGACGCACAGGUGGACCGGCUGGUCGCGCAGGUGCUCGAGUGCCUCGAUAGGGCGCCCUCGACUUCGCGCCUGCUCAUCGGCCUCUCGGGCGUGCCGGGUUCGGGCAAGUCGUCGCUCGCACGAGCAGUCGUGCAGCGCCUCAACGACACGCGGACUUGCGGCCACGGAGCCCAGGGCGUGCCGCUGGCCAUGGUCGUGCCCAUGGACGGCUGGCACCUGUCCAAGGCGCACCUUGCCGCCAUGGACGAUCCGCAGCUGGCGCGGGACAAGCGGGGCGCAGAGUGGACGUUCGACGGCAAAGCGUUCGCCGACUUUGUGCUUGCACUGCGCAGUGCAAAGGCAGACGCAGACCCACACCAUGCGCCCACCUUCUCCCACUCGCUGGCCGAUCCUCAGCCCGGCGCCCUGGCCGUGCCGGCCGAUGUCCGCGUGCUGCUCUUCGAGGGCCUGUACUGUAAUGUGGCGCUACCGCCGUGGAGUGCCGCGGCAGAGGCCCUCGAUCUCAGAUGGGUACUGAGCAUCGACGAGGAGCGGGCGCGGGAACGGCUGAUCGAGCGGCAUGUGCGCACUGGUGUCGCACGGGACGCAGAAGAAGCACGCUGGCGAGCCGACAAUAAUGACCUGCCAAACGGCCGCUUCCUGCUGCAGAACACGCUCGAGCCGGCGCUGCGGAUACACAGCGUCGACGAUGAGUACUGGCGAGGGCAAGAGUAGUGACAAAUAGAAUGCAAUGCGAGGAAGCGCAAGAUGGCGCGAUAUGUGGUC